CGCAAUUAUUAAUACGUGAUGGAGAUCUGUGUUUUAGCAGAAUUUAAAAGUGAUACACCCAAACAGGUGAGAACCGAUCGGUGAAAUCACUUAAAAGCUGAUCUUCCUCAGUAAAAAUGAAAGCCGUUUUUUCCGUAUCACUGCUACUGGGAUUUUUCAUGACUCAGUCAGCCCAUGCAGGAAUUCUACAGGCGAAAAGCUCGCAAACUCGAGAAGUCCUCAGUUUGGACGGCUUAUGGUACUUUACUAUGAAUGCAAGUUUAGUGUCUACAAUCGAAGAAGCCACUGAUGUAGAUCUGAAUUUAAUGCCAGUACCAUCCAGCUACAACGACAUUUCCACUAAACUGAGCGUCAGAGAUCAUGUGGGGGCUGUAUGGUAUAAACGGACGUUUUUCGUUCCCUCCUCAUGGAAUGAUAAAAAAGUCUGGAUUAGGUUUGGUUCCGUUUGCUAUAAUGCAUCAGUGACUAUAAAUGAUGAAGUUGCUGUAACCCACAGUAUUGGCCAUCUUCCAUUUGCAGCAGAAAUUUCUUCAUUACUGAAAUUUGGAAGGGAAAAUUCAAUAAUUGUGGAGGUAAACAAUAUUCUGACAUCGACAACUAUUCCGCAAGGAAACGUGGAAACCCUUAUCAGUGGCCGAGAGAAGCAAUUUUUCAAUUUCGACUUCUUCAAUUAUGCGGGCAUUGAUCGGCCCGUACUCCUCUACUCUACAAAUGACGCUUAUGUAGAUGAUAUCGACAUUAAGACUGAUCAAAGCGGGAAAGAUGGUUUGGUCUCGUAUGAACUAGCACUGGUUGGACUUGACCCUUCUACCAGCUUGGAAGUGAACAUCUUGGACAAACGUGGCGAUGUUGUUGCUUUGAGUAACGAAGCUGCGGACACUUUAAUAGUGGAAGACGCUCAACUGUGGUGGCCUUAUCUAAUGGACCCGAACCCUGGCUAUUUGUAUACCUUAGAAGUUCUCAUCAAACGCGGUGAAGAAUUAGUAGAUCACUACAAGCAACCGUUUGGAAUAAGACAUCUGGAGUACACCAGCGACCAAUUCACGAUAAACGGCAGAAACAUCUACAUCAGAGGAUUCAGCAGGCAUGAAGAUUCAGAUAUUCGGGGAAAAGGUCUGGAUUUGCCACUGAUCAUUCGCGAUCACAGUUUGAUCAAAUGGAUCGGCGCCAACUGCUACCGAACUUCUCACUAUCCAUAUGCAGAUGAAAUCAUGGACUUGGCCGACCAAUUGGGAAUAAUGAUCAUUGAUGAGGUACCAGCAGUCGAUACAGACGAUUUCAACGAUGAACUUAUGGAAAACCAUAAACAGUCUCUUACUGAACUGCAUCGGAGGGAUAAAAAUCGUCCUGCUGUAGUGAUUUGGUCGAUUUCCAAUGAACCAGUAACACAGAAAAAUGAGUCUGAAGCAUAUUUCAGGCAAAUUGCGGCGCACAUUAAAAGUCUAGACACUUCAAGGCCCAUUACCAUUGCAAAUGCGGCCCAAUUUGAUGUAGAACAUUCUGGGCAAUUUUUGGACAUCCUAGGCGUAAACCGAUACGAAGGCUGGUACCAAAAUGUGGGGCAACUGGAUGGAAUCUAUCAAAGAAUUAUCGAAUACGCCACAGCAUGGCAUGAUUUGCACAAUAAGCCGGUUUUGAUCACUGAAUAUGGAGCAGAUGCUGAAGAAGGUUUGAGUUAUCUGCCUACAUACAUUUGGUCCGAAGAGUUCCAGAACGACGUAAUGUCCGAGUAUUUCAAAGCGUUUGAUGAACUGAGGAAAGAGAGCUGGUUCAUUGGGGAGUUGAUAUGGAACUUUGCAGACUUCAGAACCGACCAAGACAUUAGGAGAGUGGGUGGAAACAAAAAGGGCAUUUUUACCCGAAGUCGACAGCCAAAACAAUCGGCCUUCCUGAUGCGGAAGAGAUACUGGCAGUUGGCCUAUGAAUUGGACAACGCCACUUUGCCUGAUGAUUUGGAUCCGUACACUAGUGAUGCUGCCAAACUCAAGAAAAAGGUGAAUGUUGAUGAAUUGUAAAUUAAAUAAAAGAGUUCAAAUUGG